CCCCGGGGCUGGGAUCUUGGGGUCUCCUCAGCGCCGCCUCAGCCGAGGGGGCAGCGCAGGUUCUGGCCCCCAGGUGAGUUGCUCGCUCUCAUCCCGCCGCAGCCCUGCGCGAUGCAAGCGGGCGACUGUGACUCGUCUGAUGAAGACACUGCUGAGGAUGAUCCGACCCCGCUCAGUAUCUCCUGGUUGCCUUUGUCUCCUGUUUACUCUUCUGAGUUCCUGGGAAUAUCUUCCCUUCCUGGUUGCAGGUUUAAGGAUAUUAGAAGAAAUCUCCAGAAAGAUAUAGAGGAACUAAAGAAGCAUGGGACCCAGGAUAUGUUUGUGCUUUGUACCAGAGGAGAGCUGUUAAGAUACCGAGUACCAAAUCUUAUAGAAGCCUAUCAAGAGCAGGAGAUCUGUGUGCACCACUAUCCUAUUCCUGAUGGGGAUGUUCCAGACAUUGCCAUGUGCUGCAAAAUUCUGGAAGAGCUCAGAAGCUGCCUGGAAAAUAAUCGGAAAACUGUCAUACACUGUUUUGGUGGCCUUGGACGCUCCUGUCUCCUAGCUGCAUGCCUCCUGCUUCAGCUUUCAGAUGCAUUGACACCUCAGCAAGUGAUAGACAACCUCAGAAGCUUGAGAGGAUCUGGGGCCAUACAGACCAUCAAGCAGUACAAUUUCCUCCAUGACUUCAGAGAGAAGCUAACUGCACAUCUGGUGACAAAGGGCACAGCCUUACGAUCGGUAUCGCGGUAACUACCACUGGCAUGGCGUAGCUGUGCCUGCAUUGCUGUGGCAGACACCUGGAUGAGCAACUUCAUUCCUGACCCUUACAGCUUCUCUUUGCUCCUGCCUGUGUGACACUUCUGCUCGUUUCCAUGUGGGUAUUUAAAGGGUUGGAGUGAGGGAAAGAAAUCCUGUAUGACAUGCAGCAUUUUCCUCUGUUUGGCACUUUAAUACUCACUGCCUUAAAGACAUGGAAGUGUAUUUCUGUUAGCUACUCUUCUUGUGGCCUGCAUGCCUGAAGAGCUUGUCUUCAAUAUAAUGA